CAAAUCAAGUAUCUUAUCACAAAAAAAAUUUAAAUGAACUGAAUUUUGACUUCUUGGCAACAAUUAUUGGUAUCCACAUAAUACAGAAAUAUGGAAGAACUUAAAAACGUAAGUCAGUCUUAUUUUUUAAACAAUGACAAUAGUGGGGUAGCAAUGUGAAAACUGAUCCUCCACUACUGUCGGUUAUUUCUUGUUAAAUAUAUUUAACUUGCCUUCUACUUAAUAUUAUAUUGUAAAUAUUAUAAUAUUACCUUAAAUUUGUUUUAGGUACCCCCAAUGGAACAACGUAGAUUGGUUACAUAUAUUAAUCAUUUUAUAACUUCUACAGUACAAUUCUUAAAUAAUUUCAUCACCCACUGUGAGGCAAAAAUGAUGAAAUCCGAACAACGGCUGCAAAAAAUUUCUGCAUCUCUGUGUAUAUUAGAAACAAAGGUAUCAACUCCUAAGUGUGAAUCAUAGUUAAUAUUGUUGAUAUUAAAAGUUCAUUUUUUGUUUGUAUAGUUAAAUUCUGUACCUGAACUUCAAGAAAUAGAGCCACAACACAUAUCAACAAAGGAACCAUCUGUUAUUCAGUUGGAAAAUACUUCACAAAAUACCGUAGAUGAGUCAACUAACAGGUCUAAUACUCCUAAUAAAACUGAAGGUGAUAUUAUAUCAAAACCUGUUGAACAUGCAACUGUUAAUGAAAGUCCUAAUGAGCCAAAUGUGGAUCCAGCUUUAUUAAAAUAUCGUAAAAUGCUUCAAUUUGGUGUACCUAGAGGUGCUGUUGAAUUAAAAAUGGUACAUGAAGGAUUAGAUCCAAAUUUAUUAUGAUACAGAUAUUUUUCAUUAUUUUAUUUUAAAUUGUAUAUAUUUUUUCCAUGUAUUAGUUGAAUGUUAAUAAUUACAAAUUAAAUCUUAUACAAUAUUAAUUUAUAUAAUAGUAAAAUUAUGUCAGAGAUAAUAGUAUAGUCAAUAAAAUAUUUUAACACGGACAUAAUAUACCUAGGUACCUAUUUACUACUUGUGAUAUUAAAUUUUAUCUAGA